UUGAUUCGAACCCCCGCCCCCGACCCUAACGUCAUCGAGACGGCCUCUCACGGCGGAACCGGCAACGCCGCGCUAUUAUUACAGUCAGCUGGUCCGCGAUCCGAGCCGGCUGUUCCUAUUGACGUGCAAAAAAAACAGCAGUCGAAAGCCGGUUUCGCCUUUGUUUCGUCGCGCGCGAGUGUCGCGGGGGUCCAAAACGCGAUGUACGUCGCCCGUAACCCCGCGCCCGACGGCGACGACAUCGACCUGGACCUCAUCUCCUGGCUCAACGGCGUCUCCGAGGACAAGAUCGCGCGCGUCUGCGACGGCGGCGACGUGCCCAAGGAGUGCGUCGAGCUCGUCGCGUUCCACCUGCCCGUCAUUUUGCGGUUGUGCCUGACGUGUCCCUUCGCGAACGUCCGAGACAAGUGCCGGCACAUUUUGGAGGCGCUCCAGAGCCGCGAGUUCGCGGUGCCGUUUCCCGUCGUCCCCAGCCCGAGUCGCUACAUCCCACCCGACGAGUUGCCGUUUUUGGGGACCCACAACGAUAAGACGCACACGCUCUUCGGGGACGCGUUCCUACAGAACAACAGGCUCGACCAUGUCAGCCAGGUGAUGGGCUACCAUCCCUCCUACCUGGAGCACUUUCUCAGGACGCAGAACUUCAUCCUGAGGGGCGACGGGCCCUUACCCUUCGAUUACCGCCAUUACAUCGCCAUUAUGGCGGCCGGUCGACACCGGUGCAGCUACCUGAUCGCCUUGCAGAAGCAGGAGUUCCUGCUGCAGGGCGGCGACCAGAACUGGCUCAGGGGCCUCAAGUGUAUCCCGCAGAAGCUGCGCAACCUCUACGACAUCAACAAGAUCCUCGCGCACAGGCCGUGGCUGCUAAAGACCGCCCACAUCGAGAAGCUGACCAAAGGCGGCAAGGACAGCUGGUCCCUCGCGGAGGUGGUCCAGGCGAUCGUCAUCCUCACCCACUUCCACUCCCUCUGCUGCUUCGUCUUCUCCUGCGGCGUCAACCAGGAACUGGACCAGGCGGGCGGCUACGAGUACCCGUGCCAGUCGUCGCCGUCGUCGAGUCCGCGUCGUAACCCCGUCGGCGACGUCGUCCAUGGCGCGGAAGACUGGAAAGACGGGGGCGCGAACGCUGGGCCCCCGUCGCCGACGGAACCCGAGGUGGGGAUCACCACGCUUAUGCAACGCAUGAAGAUGCUGUCGGAGCAGAUGGAGGAGUGCACCCCCGUGGAACUCGCGAAGCGGUUCGAAAGUAUAGAGACGCAGAGCGCCGAGUUGGGCGUGAUCGGGCCCGAGCCCCAGGACACGCCCGCCGACGUCGGUUACUUCGUCGACGACGCGUCGUUCAAGUAUCAGGACUUCGCGAAGAGGGCGGAGACCGACAUCCACACGUUCCGCGUGCAGGACUACUCGUGGGACGACCACGGCUACUCGCUAGUCAACAGGCUGUACAACGAGGUCGGCACCCUGCUCGACGUCAAGUUCAAGACCGCGUACAACCUGACGUAUUACACUAUGGGCGGGAGGACGGACGUGGACACGUCCCGCUUCCGGAGGGCCAUCUGGAACUACAUCCAGGCGCUGCUCGGUAUCCGUCACGACGACUACGACUACGCGGAGAUCAACGCGCUCGUCGAAAAGUCGCUCAAAACGUUCAUCAAGAGCGCGUGCUGCUACCCGGAACGCGUCACCAAGAAGGACUACGACCGCGUACUCAAGGAGUUCAAGCACAGCGAGAAGGUACACGUGAACCUGAUGAUACUGGAGUCGCGGAUGCAGGCGGAGCUGAUCUACGCGCUGCGCACCGUCAACACUUACAUGACAAACUGAAGGGUUGGGAUUGGCGGAGCCGGGGCGCCGCCCCGCGGAACUAUUGUUGUUGUUGAUGCUGUAAUUUGUUUUUUUAUAUAAAUAUAUUUUAAGGUACAUAUUUUUAACACAGGAACGAUAUGUGACCACACCCUGUACAUAUGCGUAUAUUGUAAGAGAGAACCCUAUAUAUAUUGUAUACCCGUAACAGAUUAUUUUUAUGUAAAUAGUUUGAACGCGUCGGAGAAAACCGUUUGGGGGCGGGUAUGUUUGAACUACCGCCAAACGUCGCGUCGCUGUGAUAUCGGCCCGGGGUGGGGAGGUGCGCGCGGGGGCGGGGGCGGUUCCCGUUUCCCGCCCUUUUCGCCGCUUACCCACGUCUUGUGAUAUUUAUUGUUAUAUGCAUACAUAUAUAUCGAGUCGUCUGAAUGUGAUUGCGUUGAGGGCGGGGGCGGACGCGAUAGUUUGUGAAUUGUCUUCGCCCGAACUUUCCGAACGAACUACGACGGAGAGACGAUGAAUUAAAGAUGUUUUUUUUC